AUGUUCAAUGGGAUCCCACGGACUCUCACUGGGUACUACACCGCUGCCCCCGCGCCGCAGAUCCACAGCCAGCUCCGGCGGCAGCUCUCGCCACUCCGCGAGAGGCUCCUCACGCGGCUCUCUCCUCCCCCGGCUUUUACCCUGAGAGGGAAAAAGGGGAAAGAGGUGGAGAGAGCGUUCCUCGUCGCGAAUGAGAACGAGCGGCGGAAUGAUAUCACGGCGGGUCGUAGUAGUGAUGGGAGUGGACUCAGUAGAGUGGGGGAAAGAAAGGGGUCCAUUCAACUGGGCAAAGGCUUGUCCGAUGUGCCCUCCAACCAGCCAGAACCGACACCACGUAUUUCCGGCCGUGAUGGGCAUCAUGGGAAAGGGUUUCUUUCUCUACCACAACAAAUAAAUUCCAUUCCAUCCUCACAAAGUGCAGUUGAGACCGGCGUGGGGGAGGAGACGAUGGUUAAAGAAAAGGAGAGGUGGAGUUGUUGUUCAUUCGAAAGGCAGCCCGUUGAACCCGCCGAGAACGAUGAAUAUGAUACAGUCGAGCGCAUCGCGCGCCACUACGGGAUCACGGUGGGGGAGGUGUUGUCGUGGAAUCCCUCUCUUUCUGAUUAUCGACCGGACGAACCGCUUCCGUCGAGCAUGCCGAUCGUGCUCUUCAUACCGGAUGAUGAGGGGGAGGAGCCCCGUGAGAGCAUUUCACCGAUGCCGAUGAAGCCGUAA